GGACCGCUCUCCGGCAGUGUUCAGUUUAGGUCUGUGCCGGUGACAUGCACGCAAUGAACGACCCUGCGGCACUGGCCGGAAUGCUGCCGUUUGAUUCCAUCGGUCUGUACGAGCAGCCUAAACCGCGCUUCAUCUUCAAGAUGCCUCGCGUGGUCCCCGACCAGAAGUCCAAGUUCGAGUCCGAUGAGCUUUUUAGGAGGCUGAGCCGCGAGAGCGAGGUGCGGUACACAGGUUACAGAGACAGGCCACAGGAGGAGCGCCAGGUUCGGUUCCAGAACGGCUGUCGCGAGGGACACACGGAAAUCGCAUUUGUGGCUACCGGAACCAACAUCCAGCUAGUGUUCAACCCCAGCACGAACGGGUACAGCACGGCUGAUCACGGGCGUGAGUGUGACUUCGACAAGGAGCACGGCAAGGUCCACCUGAGGUCGCAUUUCAUAAUGAACGGCGUCUGCGUGAGGUGGCGCGGAUGGAUCGAUCUGGAGCGCCUGGACGGCGUCGGCUGCUUAGAGUACGACGAAGACAAGGCACAGAUGGAGGACUCCCUGCUGCGAGACCAGAUUGAGCGCUAUAACCAGAGAUUAAGAGAUUUCGAGGAGAAGCAGAGAGCAUACCGCCAGCACCAGGAGCGUCCGACAGACCCAGACCUGGAGCUCCGGAUGGCCAGCAGUCUGCAGCACCACCACGUGAAUUCACCCGUCACAGGAAGGUGCCACGGGGGACCCCAGCGCGUCGGACUCUCACUGCAAGCACCACGGAAGAAGAGCGACCUAAGUCACGGGCAUCACAACUAAGAGAGUCUGUGUUCUAAUAUUUUAUCCCUGUUCUCUCUUUAAUAUGAUAGACCAAUCGUUUGUUACUUCGUUCUGUAUAUUGUAAUACUUGUAAUUUAUGUGUAUACACUUCUAUAAGUAUAAAUAAAAGUAUCUUUGUCGCUUCA